AGCCGAAUGGAUGCAAUUUUUAUGACAUUAAGCAACAAAACUAUACGUUUCCAGAAACUUUCGAUUUUUAUACAUAUUGCAUAUAAAGUAUUAUAUAUGAAAAUGAGCAUGCGUUCUGGUCAAUGUGCGUCAAUGUAGAGAAACUUUUGUAAAACAAUCUUUUUUUUUUCUUAGUUUCAACCAACACGUUAUUUUGUUAUCUUCGACACUUAAAAAAUGCAUGGAGAAGAUGCUCUUGAGUAUUUCAUGAAGUUAAAUAGAAUUACACUUCAAAUUGCCGGAAUUUGGCCUGUGGAUAAAAAUGAAUUAUUGGCAACUUUUCGUUUUUUUGCCAUGACAUCUUAUUUAUUUAUCGCUGUAAUUUUAUUGCAAAGCAUUCAAUUAAUUAUCGUUUGGGGUGACAUUGAUGCAAUGAGUGACAUUUUACUGAUUGGUCUUUUACUAAUGUUUGUCACUUUGGUAAAAAUGAUUUCAUUAUGGUAUUAUAAACAAAAGAUGAAAACAAUACUUAAUUCCAUUAUCCUUGAUUGGGAUAAUGUUGAAACUAAAGAAGAUUACAAAAUUAUGACAGAAUAUGCAAAUUUUAGUAAAAAAAUAUCGGACACAUAUAUAUUUGUGGCACUUGCAACAAGUGUUACACGUUUUAUGCAAAUUUCAUACAUUAACAGAGACGCCUGGUUUAGAAGCGAUAGAAAUCUUACUCGAAUAUUUGUUAUGAACGCUUAUUUUCCAUUUGAUUAUAAUUAUUUUCCAGUUUUUGAACUCACUUAUUUUUUUGAUCAUUUAGCUGCUUUUAUGGCAAACAUAUGCAAUUGUGGAGUUGAUGGAUUAUUUUUUCAAAUUGGUUUUCACUAUUUGGCACAAUUUCGUAUAUUACAUUUAAAACUCACGAAUAUUGCCACCACGACGAAUAGUCACUUGACAUUAUAUGUUAAUUUUGAUCGAAGAUUAUCUCAAAUUGUUCGAAAACAUGAACAUAUUAAUAGAUGUCUUGGAUUAUUAGAGGAUACAUUUUGCAUUCUACUACUUGUCCAAUUGAUAUCACAUACAUUUUUAUUCUGUCUUCAAGGCUAUCAAUUUAUAAGUAAUUUGACACAAGAAAAUUCAAAAUUAAUUCUUAUGGAUUUAUUUUUCAUGGUGGGUUAUGUUACUUAUAUGUUGGGAAAUUCUUAUAUAUAUUGUUAUGUUUCCGAAAAGCUUCAAAAUUCGAGUUUAAUGCUCGGAGAAUCUGCAUAUGAUAGCAAAUGGUUUAAUUUAAUGCCAGAAAAGUCGAGAAAUUUUUUAUUAAUUAUUCAGCGUGCCAGAAAACCCGUCAAAUUUACAGCUGCUAAGAUUGCUUCAAUGAAUAUGCAAAAGUUUGGCAGUAUUUUAAAAACAUCCAUGGGCUACCUUUCUCUUUUGUUAACAAUGAUGAACAGACACAAAUAAUUGAAAUAAAUAACAAAACAAUAAAAUAAAUAAUCUAAAAUUGUACGUCCAUUGUUCAAUCGCAGACAAAACUUAAUCUUCAGGAUUUUGGAAAUCUUUUAUUACAUUUUUUUCAUGUAUUAUUUAGAUUUAUAUAUCGUCGAAAAAAACUAAAAUUGAAAAAA